AUGACGAGUUGGUAUCUCGAAAUUUCGAAUAAAUGGCUUAAAGGAACAGAAAGGCGAAACGGAAAAAAAGAUAGCGAAGGUAAAUGCGGUGACAGAAAUGGUGUAAAAGAAUGCGACGGUAGAUGUAAUGGCAGAGUUGGUGAUGACGAAGACGAUGGUAGAUGCAAUGGCAAGAUUGAUGGUGGCGAAGGAGAUGGUAGAUGUGUUGGCAGAGUUGAUGGUGACGAAAGCGGUAGUAAUGGUGAUGGCAGGGUAGAUGGUGACGUAGGCGGUGAUAAAUAUAAUGGCAGAGUGGAUGGUGACGUAGGCGAUGUUAAAUGCAAUGGUAGAGCGGAUGAUGACGAAGAUGAUGUUAAAUGCAAUGGUAGAGAGGAUGGUGGCGAAGGCGAAGGUAAGUGUGAGGGCAAAGUGGAUGAUGACGUAGGCGAUGGUAAAUAUGAUGGUAGAGCGGAUGGUAACCAAGGCGAUGGAGGAAGUGAUGGCAGAGUUGAUAAUAACGAAUGUGAAGGAGGAUGUGAUGGCAGAGUUCAUAGCGGCGAUGGUGAUGGCAGAUGCGAUGCCAAAGUCGAUGUUGACGAAGGUGAUGGUAGGUGUCAUGACAGAGUCGAUAGUGAAGAAAGUGAUGGUAGAUGUGGUGGCAAAGUUGAUGGUAGCGAUUGCGAUAGUAGAAAUCAUGAUAGAUUUGGUGGAUGCGUUGAUGGUCAAGAAGAAGAAGGCAGCUACGAUUGCAGGCUUCCCACUGGUGAAGCUGAUGACAGAUCCUUUGGCAUUGAUGAUUCUGAUAACUAUGCAUGGUCCGAUACCCAUAUGUCUGGUACCAGCAGUGUUUGGAAAGAUGAUACUGAAGAAAUCGCACCAGCGUUCGGAAUAAUGUCAAUCUAUUGCAACAGUGAACUACACAAUUGGGGAAGAGAUCAAGGCGAGACUGACAAGAAAUAAGUAUCUGUAUGCAGCCAACCUUGAGAUUUCUUUUAUCUUUUGCAAUAAAAUCAAAUAUCAUCCUUCAACGUUUUUAUUUGUCUUUGUUUCAAUAAUCUAUGACACAUUGUCUACCAGUUAAUUCUCAUAACAGA